CCGCGAGCCCCGCCGGCCGCGCGCUCAUGUCCUAGGCUCGCCGCCCGCGGGCCCUGCACCCCGGCCGGGGGGCUGCCCUGGGAAGUUGGGGCCAGGCGCGCCGGGUAUGCGCCAUCACCAUGUCCCGCCUGGGCUGGUGGCUCGGUGAGGUCCAGUGGCUGCUCUUGGUGUCGCUCUUCGUCGUGGCCCUGGGCACGGUGGGCCUGUACCUGGCGCAGUGGGCGCUGGCCAGGGCGCGACCCCGGCCCCCGCGGCGGGCUGCCGAGCCUGGCGAGGGCCGGCGCCCCGAGUCGGACGCGCUGCUCGCCUGGAUCCUGACGCUGAACAGCUGGAGGAACCAGUGGCAGGCCGCCUGGGUGACCGCCCUGAAUGAUGAGGCCGAACGGAAAGGGGGCCCGCUGCUCCUGUCCUUCGAGGAGGACCCGCUGUGGCAGCCCCUGGGGCUGGAGGUGCACCGGGUCUCCAGUGUGGCCAGGUCAGCCCAGGAGAAGGUGGUGUCCUGUCACGUGGUGGGCGAGGCCAUGCAGUUCCUGGUCAGUGCGGGGCCCGCAUCCCCGGGAGACACGGGGCGCCAGCUGUACAGUGUCAGGCUGUCCCCAGUUCAUUUACAGCUGGAGCUCCACAUGAAGGACAGGAGAGACGACAUCCAGAUCAAGUGGUCCUUCGUCAGCACUCCAGAAACGGCCGUUACCGCCCAGCCCAAAGCACCGGUGGAGGAGCGGGCGGCUGAGACGAAAGCAGUGUCUGAAACCCUCAAGGAUAUCUUGAAGCACCUGGUUGGUUCUGCCUCGCCGUCGGUGGUUCUGAGCACCAAGCCUGUGGAUGUGAGGGAAGUUCAGAACCUGCAGCACACUGCACCCAGCCCUCAGGAAUCCUGCCCUCCCAAACCUCCCAGGGCCCACGAACUCAAGCUGUCGGUGAAUAACGUCCGGGCCUCGCUGCUGCACGAUCCUGGCGCUUCAGGCUACGUGAACCCACAGUGUGUAGUUCGGCUGAAUGAUCCCGUUCAGAAGUUCAGCGCCCUCGCGAAAAACGCUACGGACCUCACCUGGGAAGAAGAAUUCACCUUUGAGUUGAAUGCCAAGUCGAGGGAGCUGUACUUGGAGAUUUCAGAGGAAGAACAAUCAUCAGGAGCUCUGUCGGCGGUGACGACCAUUCCCUUAGAUUUAUUCAAGAAGCAGCCUGCGGGGCCACAGAGCUUUACGCUGACCAGCGGCCCCUCCUUCGGCAGCUUGGUGCUGGGUUCGGUCACCGCAGAGUUCUCUUACGUAGAGCCCGGCGAAGCGAAAUCCUGGCAGACCGCUCCGCCCGCUCCUGCUGCGAAGGUGGAAAAAGACCGCAUGGUGAUGCCCUGUGGGACCGUGGUCACUACUGUCACUGCCGUGAAAACCAAGCCGCGUGUCGACACGGGGAGGGCGUCCCCGCUGAGCUCUGAGUCUCCCCUGAAGACACCUGUCAAGGUGAAGGUCAUUGAGAAGGACAUCUCUGUCCAAGCUGUCUCCUGUCACGGCGCCCCUGUCAGUAAGACGUUCUCUUCUUCGGACACAGAGCUCCUGGUUCUGAAUGGCUCGGACCCCGUGGCGGAAGUCGCCAUCCGCCAGCUCAGCGAGUCUUCGAAGCUGAGGGUCAAGUCUCCACGGAAGAAAAGUACCAUCAUCAUAUCGGGGAUCUCCAAGACCUCGCUAUCUCAGGACAAUGCCGCUGCCCUCAUGCUGGACUACGCGGCCUCCGUGGACGGCAACCCCCAGGAGGACCCCCCGUCCCUUCCGGGGGCGGCUGCCAUCUCUGCCCCGCAGGAGGAAGAGGCGCCGGCCCCGGCCCCGCUGGCCCCAGAGCCCCAGGAGCGCGAGCUAGGCUCCUGGGACUUGGACCAGGAGUCACAGGCCCCGGCGUGGGACAGCCAGGCCCCACUGGACCCCGAUGGGGACGAGCUGUCAGAGAGCUCCCUGAGUGUCUCAGAGCCGGAUGCUGCCAAGAAGCAUAAAGGAGGGAUUUUAAGGAAGGGCGCAAAGCUGUUCUUCCGCCGGCGACAUCAACAGAAGGACCCUGGCAUGAGCCAGUCGCACAACGACCUCGUGUUCCUGCAGCAGCCGGAGGGGGCCCGGAGGAAGGGGGCGACGCUCACCAGGAUCCUCAACAAGAAGCUCCUCUCCAGGCACAGAAGCAAGAGCGCCAUGAACGGGGCCCCGGCGGACCCCGCGGCCGGCGGCCUCCCCCACCAGGACGCGGGAAGACGCGUGCCCCCCUAAGCACCCCCGGGAUGCAGCAAGAGAGCUGCAAGCUGUCAGCCGGCCGCCCCGUCCGGCCGGGUCGUACUGCCAUCCUGUAAAGGGGGACGAAGAUCCGCGUCUGCAGCCAGGAGGCUUUCCCCAGAGAAAACUCACCAAGUCAGAUGCCAAAGGGCUGCGCUCAGGUCAAAGAGCUGAAGUAAAACGUUGGGAGACCUGCAUAACGGACUGGAGAACCUCCAGUAAUGGACGGUGACGGGGCUGGUGAGGGGGACUCCACCUCACCCACUCUGUGCCCCGACGCGUGUUAUCUUGGGUCCGUGCCCGGACCGCGUCGCAAAGAGGAGGUGUCCCUCUGUGCUGUCACUGUGACUGGAACGGAUGGGUCACCUGUCCUGACUGGCUGCUCAGAGCAACACAGUGCGGCUGGCCCCGAGUGCGGACAGGUGGGACGGAGGCGGGAUUGGGGGUCAGUAGAGACAUUGUGGUGGUGAUGGAGACACUGUGACAAAGGUAGGAGCAGAGUUGCCUUUGCUAUUAGCCAUAUAACUUGAAAAGUACGCAAACACUAGA